AUGUAUUAUGGCAGCAUGCUGAUGUUAGGAGUAUGCGAUGCCGUCAUAUGCAGAGCUUUCUUCGCCACCCUGGUAGGUAGAGCAGCCGAGUGGUUCAGAAGUUUGGAGCCUCGUUCGAUCGCGAAUUUCAGCCAACUAGCUGACAAGUUCGUAAGACGUUUUGCAGCCAGCAAGUCAAGGAAGAAGCCUUACACCUAUCUGAACAAGGUAAAACAGGACGUAGGGGAAGCCUUGUCAGCUUACCUGUCCAGAUGGGAGCGAGAAGUAGACCAGGUUGAACCAAUGGAAGAUCAGGUAGCGGUUCAUGCAUUCCUCUCGUCGCUCCGAUCCGGGGCACUUUACUAUGACCUCAUUGUCAAGCCCCCGAAGACAUAUGAAGAGGCGAUCACUCGGGCCAGACACCAUGCAGACGCCACCGAGGCCAACACAACGAAGAGACGAGAGGAGCAACCGGUCGGUCGGGACAAAGGUCACGACCAAAGAAGAGAUCGACCACGAUUUAGGCAGCGUGGCCGGACGAGGGAUGGACCGCGAUUCACUCCACUGAACAAGCCACUGGUAGAAGUUUUGCAAUUCACCGAGCAGUGUAAUCUAGUGCACCCACCCGAGCCGGUACCCGAAGGGGCAGAUAGAAGCAAGUAUUGUGCCUUCCACAAGGUCAGAGGGCAUGAUACGACGGAAUGCAUAGCCUUGCGACCGAUCAUUGAGCAACUCAUUCAGAGUGGAGAGUUGGAGCAGUUCAUGAGGAAAGACGGCCAAGAUAAGGGUAAGGCCAAGAAAAACGUCUGGAGAAGAAAUCAGAAGGAACAAUCGAAGGCACCCAGCCCACCCGAGUCCCACGAUGAUAAGGCGACUGGAAAAAAGCCGGUGAUUCAUGUCAUCUACGGAGGACCGGAGGGAGGAGACUCUUCCCGCCAGAGGAAACAAUGGGCAAGGAACCUGUACAUAGGAUCAGUGCAGUCAGAACCGCGAGAGAAGAAGAAGCGCACGAAGCCAAUAUUCUUCACUGAUGAUGAUCUUCCCAUCCAUGGAGAAACCCAGAGCGACUCGCUCGUCAUCACGAUGGACAUCAAUGGGACGGAUGUGCAACGGGUGCUAGUUGACACGGGGAGCUCGAUAGACAUCUUAUACUUCGACGUGUUCACACGUUUAAGUCUAUCGGCCGACAAGUUGGCCCCCCUGCGGACCCCAUUGUUUGGCUUCACCGGCGAUUCCAUAGAAGCGGAAGGAAUCAUCAGUUUAAACAUCGAGAUGGGCACCCACCCGAAUGUUCUAAAGACUACCAUGGACUUUGUGGUGGUCAAGCUGAAAUGCGUACACAAUGCGAUACUCGAUCGACCUGGCAUCACCCAAGCGGCCGUCGUCAUAUCGAUGAACCACUUGUGCGUGAAAUUCCACACACCCAAUGGGAUCGGGGUGCUUCGGGGAGACCAGCGAGUUGCACGACAGUGUUACGCACAAGCAGUCAAGCAAUCGAAUCGUGAGGACGCUAGAAUCCACACCAUAUCGCAGCAGGUAGAUUAUGGAGAACUCAAGGAGAAGCUGCAACCAGCUUCAGAAAUGGAAGAGAUCGUACUGGACCCCAAUCAACUAGAGCGAACGGUUAGGAUCGGUCGGGGUCUCCCGGUCGGUCUACGAGAAGAAAUCAUCAGUGUUCUGCAUAAGUUCAGGAGCAUCUUCGCCUGGGGACCAGAGGACAUGCCCGAGAUCGAUCGGUCUGUCAUAUGCCACCGCCUAUCCAUUCAACCGGGAUUCAAGCCGGUCAAGCAAAAGAAAAGGCACCUGUCAAGCGAGAGGCGAAAGUUUGUGAAGAAGGAGACCGCCACCCUCCUAGCGGUAGGUCACAUCCGGGAGGUCCUGUACCCGGAGUGGUUGGCAAACGUGGUCCUUGCGCCAAAACCACCCACAUAG